AUGCCCCGUUUCACUUUUCCCCCGCUCCUGCUGCUUUCGCUGCUCCUGUGCCUCUGGUCCCAUCGCUUGACCGCGGCAAACGAUAGCGGGGACACCAAUGAGUGCGGUCAGUGCAUCCCGGAGAGCUGCGAGCCCUUGAGAUGCAAGGCUUCGGAGCUCUCCGUGAGGGACGACUGUGGAUGCUGCGAGCAGUGCCUGGGCGCCGAGGGCGAGCUGUGCGGGGGCAGAGGUGGUGCGGGUCGGAGGCGCCAAGCCCGCUGCGGCCCAGGACUAGUCUGCGUGAGCCAGUCCCGGGAGGUGCUGGGGGCUGCGGCGUCCCAGGAGCAUCUGCCCGAGGAGCUGGAGGGCACGGGACUGUGUGUGUGCAAAGAGGACGGCGCGGUGUGCGGCUCGGACGGCCGUUCUUAUCAGAGCGUGUGCGCCCUGCACCUGCACAGCUGGGUCUCGGUGAGGGCUGGCCGCGAGCGUGUCCACAAGGCUCACGAUGGCGAGUGCAAGUUGGCCCCUGUGAUUGUUAUGCCUCCUAAAAAGAUUCACAAUGUAACCGGGGCCCAGGUCUAUCUGUCCUGUGAAGUGAAGGCUGUUCCAACACCAGUCAUCACCUGGAGGAAGAUCACAGAGUCUCCCAAGGGAGUCAAGUUGCUGGAGGAGUUACCGGGAGACCGAGUGAAUAUGGCCAUCCAGGUUCGUGGUGGUCCAUCCAAACAUGAGAGUACAGGCUGGGUUUUGAUAAACCCUCUGACAAAGGAAGAUGAAGGAAUAUACCAGUGCCAUGCCACUAACAUGGUGGGGGAGACACAAUCCUAUGGUACAAUAAAGGUUACAGAGCUGAGCAAACAUAAAAAAAUGAACUUCAUAGCAUCAGAUGAUGACAUUUAA